AUGUUACUGAUUAGAAAUAAUAGUUAUUGGAUGAUAUAUCGAUUUACUCGUUUAUUAUCUUCAUGUCAAUCCAAAAAUGGAGAAAAUCUGUUUUCAUCAUCGACAGCAUUGAACUCAACAAUGAAGAAACUUUUUGAUUCUAAACAAUACAAAGAAGCUCUAAAUCUUUUCGAUCAAAGUUUUAAAAUAUCUACCUAUUCGACUAUUGAUAUGGCAAUAAAAGCAUGUACUAUAUCAAAAGAUUACAAACGUGGUAUUCGUAUUCAACAAAGACUUUCACCCCAGUCACGAAAUAAUUCUUAUAUUCAAGCUGCAUUACUUUGCUUUUAUCGUAAGUCAUCCACUAAUGCAUUCAAAAGACAAAAGCUGUUAGCGCAAUCCCUUUGGGAUUAAAAAUGUGAAACACGAUGUAUCUGCUAUCACUAAGGCCAGAAAAGCUGCUUUAUUCCAUAUAUCUUCGAAACCAUUUAAUCUCUAAGUUUGAGUAGUCAAAAUCUCGGUAAGCAAGCUAUUGAUAUAUU